AAUUUAUCUUUUAGUCGAGUCGUUUAAAUAAAAUUGCCUGCCGAAUCGUUAAGAAGCUAUAUUACAAAUUAUCUACCCUUAUAUUUUACAAUUUUUGUUAUUUCUCAUUAGCAACCCUAUUUUGUAAAGAAUCAAAAUGUCAACUGCCUUAGGAACUGAAGAUUUUCCUACUUUAUCAUUAGUUCCUAAAAAAGAAACUGGAGUCACUAAUUUUUUAAUUAAAAAUCCAAUUUAUGAUGGUCGCAACGUAACAAUAGCUAUAUUUGAUUCCGGUGUUGAUCCUGGAGCUCCUGGACUAAAAGUGACUAGUGAAGGAAAGCCUAAAGUUAUUGCUAGGUAUGAUUGUAGUGGUGCCGGAGAUGUUGACACUUCAACUAUUGUUAAAGCUGAGAAUAAUGAAAUUAAAGGACUUAGUGGUCGAACACUAAAGAUUCCAAACAGUUGGAUAAACCCCAGUGGUGAAUAUCAUAUUGGUAUAAAAAAUGCUUAUGAGUUAUACACAAAAAAUGUACAGCAACGUAUUGAAGAAGAAAAGAAAGAAAAAUCAUGGGAUAUUUAUCAUAAACCAUUAUUAUCAAAAUCAAUUUCUGAUCAAAAUAAAUUUAAUAAUGAAAAUGAUGGUUCUAAAAUUCCAUUAACUAGAAGCCAAAAACUUAUAAAAGAAGAUUUAGAUAAUACUGUUGAAGCUUUACAAAAUUUAGAAAAAAAGUAUAAAAGUAUUACUCCGGUUUAUGAUUGUGUUGUUUUUCACAAUGGAAAACAAUGGCUUGUAUGUUUGGAUACAUCAGAAAUAGGAGACCUGGAAUCAUGUAAAGUUAUGGGAGAGUUCAGUGAAGAUCCAAAAAAUAAUUAUGAUUAUAUUACCACCUCUGAUUUUGUAUGUUAUUCAUUUAAUGUAUAUAAUGAUGGAAAUGUAUUAGAAAUAGUAUCCCUUGGCUCAUCGCAUGGGACACACGUUUCUGCUAUUGCUGCUGGAUGUUUCCCAGAUGAACCUGAAAAAAAUGGUGUGGCUCCUGGAGCACAAAUUAUUUCAUUAACUAUAGGUGAUAGUCGCCUAGAAACUAUGGAAACUGGAACUGCAAUUGUUAGAGCUAUGAUAAAAGUAAUGGAGCUUAAAAAAAAAUACAACAUAGAUGUAAUCAAUAUGAGUUAUGGGGAACAUUCAAAUUGGUCUAAUGCAGGGCGAAUUGGUGAUUUAAUGAAUGAUAUAGUGGAUAAAUAUGCUGUAACUUGGGUUGCUUCAGCUGGUAAUCAUGGACCAGCUUUAUGUACCAUAGGAGCUCCACCAGAUAUUUCUAAGACAAUGAUUAUAGGUGUUGGAGCGUACGUUUCACCAGAUAUGAUGGCAGCCGAUUAUUCUUUAUUGAAUAAAUUACCUGGAAAUACUUACACGUGGUCUUCAAGAGGUCCAACUAUAGAUGGUGGUAGAGGUAUUAGUGUUUGUGCACCUGGUGGUGCUAUUGCUUCUGUGCCUGGUUAUAUGUUAAGAGGUACCCAGCUAAUGAAUGGAACAAGUAUGUCGGCACCUCAUGUUGCUGGAGCAGUAGCUGUUUUAAUCUCUGGACUCAAGGAUAAAAAUAUAAUAAUCUGCCCAUAUUUUAUAAAAAGAGCAUUAGAAAACUCAGCACAAUAUCAAGACAAGAUUGAUCAUUUUUCACAAGGACAUGGUUUAUUACAGGUUGAAAAAUCAUUUGAAUAUUUAUGUCAGAAUUACAGUGAAACAGAAUCUUAUUUAAAAUUUAUAAUAUCUUGUGGAGCUGAUGGCAAAAAAGGAAUCCAUAUAAGAAAUGGGAUAGAAGAUAAAGCUACUGAGCAUUCAGUAAGUGUGGAACCAGUAUUUAUGAACAACAGUGAAGUUGAUGCUCAAAAAAAAAUCAACUUUCAAAUAAGUUUAUGUUUAGUUUGCGAUGCUUCUUGGGUACAAGUUCCUAAACACUUAGAACUAAUGUACAUGUCACGCAAUUUCAAUGUCAAAAUUGACCCUAGUGGAUUGCCUACUGGUGUUCAUGGAGCUACUGUGAAGGCCUAUGACACGAAGAAUACCGGAAAAGGGCCCGUAUUUACUUUUGAAGUGACUGUUGUUCGCCCCUUAAUAACGAACAGUUCUGGAUUUAUUUCAUACGAGAAUGUGAAAUUUGAAGCCGGUACAAUAAAUAGACAUUUUAUUUUAGUUCCGAAAAAUGUUUCAUGGGCUUCACUUCAUAUCAAACAUUUGGACAAUAAUACAACCGCCAAUUUCAUUUUGCACACUGUUCAAUUGUUACCUCAAAAAUCAUGUAAAUAUAUGGAAACUCAAAAAAUGUUCAACUUGAAAUCGAAUGUUAUACAAACGCAUUUUGUUGUCCAGGAAAAUGUGGUAUUAGAAUUUGUGUUGGCUAAAUAUUGGUCCAGCUCCGCAAAUAUGAACUUGUCAUACAAAUUACAAUUUCAUGGUGUUGUACCUCAAACUAGACAAUUAACAGCAUAUCAUGGUAUGGGACUCCAUUCGGUGACUUUGAGACCAGGAAUUAAGAAUGAGGAAAUUCAUCCGGCUGUUUCUUUGAAACAACUUGUCACUGUUCUAAAACCUAAUGAUGGGAAAAUUAUAACAUUGUCUUCCCGUGAUGUUAUUCCAUUACAAAGGCCUAUUUAUCAAUUAAUAUUAACUUAUUCAUUUUCACUGGCGAAAACAACUGAAACUUAUUUGAGUUGUGGAUUAUUUGAUGAACUAUUAUAUGAAUGUGAAUAUGAAUCUCAAUUAUGGAUGAUUUUUGAUUCCAAUAAACAGUACAUUACUUCUGGUGAUGCGUAUUCAAGUAAAUACAUUAAAAAACUAGAUAAAGGAGACUAUCAUGCUAAAAUGAUUGUAAGGCAUGAGCGAAAAGAACUUUUAGAUAAAAUUUCUGAGUUACAAAUUCAAUUAGUACAAAAAUUGCAAAAUCCUUUAACCUUAGAAAUAUACAAUAGUCAUUAUCAAGCGUCAAUUUUUGGUAAAAAGUGUCCAAAUACUAUAAUUACACCAGAAAGUAAUUUAGUAACCUUGUAUAUAGGUACAAUUCCUAAUGAAAAGUUACUUUCAUUAAAAUUAACAGCUGGUCAAUUUUUAAAUGGAAAUAUUGUGUAUGUUAAAGAUGAAAAUGGAAAAAAAGUUGACUCUUAUAAUUUUAAAUAUUUUAUUACUGACACAUUGAAACCAAAAUCUGGUUCAAAAACAACUGAUGAGAAUAAAACAAAAUUAGAAGAAUUUAAGGAAUCCAUAUGUGAUGCAAAAACCAAUUGGUUAACUAAACUAGAGUAUGGCACUGAUUCUACGAAGCUAUAUGAAAGUUUAGCCAAAAAGUUUGGAGAAAAAAAUUCGUCAGUGCAUACUUCAUGGAUACAAUGUAUUGAGCCUGAUGACAAACGAUUGUUUCCAAAUUGUUUAAUUAAAGAUAUAGACUGUGAUAAAUUAAAUCUUAUUGUAAAUGCAGCAGAUCAAGUUUUGGCAAACGUUAAUCAAAAUGAACUCCUAGCUUUUUAUGGGAUAAAAUCAGAUCAAAGACCUGAUGCAUUGAAGCUUAAAACGACAAAUGAUAGACUAAAAAAUAAUUUAGUUGAAGCACUGAGUCGUAAAGGCGCAGCAUUAUGCCAACUUUUCUAUUUUAUGGCAGAUAGUAAAAUAAUAAUAGAAAGUAUAGAAAAAAAUAUCACUUUAGAAAUUAUAGAUGAUGUAUGGCUUCAAGUAACCCGAUUCAUUUCACCAGAUUCUGAUUUAAAGAGUUUCAACUAUUUUAAUAUUUGGUAUGGAGUCAUAAAAAAACAUUAUGGUCGUGUAAUCAAAUUACUUUUGAAGAUGCUUGAUGAUAAGAAUGUCAAAGAAAUAGAACAAUGUUUACUUUGGGCUGUUAAAGCUAAAUUUGGAGCAGAGCAAUCUAAACAUAUUAUUAAUGCUAUUACAAAUGCUCUUAUUGUACAUUAUCCUAAAAAUUAUCGCCCUUUUUAAUAUAAAUGCAAUAAAUUAGCUCGUGUAAUAAUAAU